CCGUGUUCAAGACGUUCUUAGCCAGUCGUCGCGUAUCGUUCUGGUGUGCGAAUCAUGUCAAAUAGUUCAGAGCAAUCAAGUGUGUAAAAUAAACUGUACUCCGAUUGGCGAAAUGGAUCCAAAAAAUGGUCAAGAUAUUCGUCGAAAUAAUAAGUAAAACAAGAAUGUAGUGCGGGAGCCGAAGUUUCGUAUGGCCAUUGGAACGGUGGUCACAGUCUCGGAGGAGAAAUCAUUUCGUCUAUUUUCACGGUCGUCCAUCUUGUCUUGUGCCACGCCAAUCAAACUCCACACAGCAUACUAUUUUAUGUACUCAUAACCCCUAAACUCGGUGGAAACACCGAUACAGGGAAAAUCGAGUGUAGCAGCAUGGAUGCUAAUGUAGCGGUGGAGGAGGACUUUUCAUUUCAACUCGGUGAAAUGUUCGACAGCUACGAGGAACUCGAGCAAAAGUUAGAAUCAUUUUCUAGGCGGAGUUUGGUCCAUUAUUGGAGAAGGGACAGCAGAACGGUCAGCGGCGCGCAUAUGAAAACAGCCCGACCGAUCAGCGAACGGCUACGCUACUACUCCGUCAAAUAUGCCUGUAUUUACGGCGGCCAGAAGUUCCUCCCACGGGGGGCCGGCCGUCGGCAGUCCCAGUCUAUUCGAACAAAUUGCCCCGCACACAUUAUGCUCAGAGCAUCAAAAGAUGGAAAAAAAUUGGAGGUGACAAGUGUCAAUAACGAACACAAUCAUGAAAUUUCAGAGGAACUCUUCAAGAACUUGCCGCAGGAAAGGAAACUUUGCGGUGAAAUAAAGCAGGAAGUACAGGAUCUCAUGCAAUUGCACAUUGAUCGAAAAAGGCUGAAAGAAUAUGUACGAUUACGUACUAACAAAGUAUUGCGAUCUAAAGAUUUGUUCAAUAUCGCUGCUGCGAACAAGCAAAAAAGAGAAAUUACCCCAGAAAGAGCCUAUCAAUUAUUCAAAAAGAUUCACGACAUAGAAAAGUUGCAGGGAUGCAAAAGUGGAUCAAAACGGUACUCAGAGUCAGAGGAUGAGAUUUCAGAUAGCAUUAAGAAGAUUAAAAAGGAACAUGAAUCGCCUUGGGGCCAGGAUCAGAGGCUGGUAGAGCUGGAUGCGAGUGAGGAAAAUGACGGAGAGGACUGCUAUACGGCUCAGCUCACGCAAGAAGAAGUGGUUGACGAUAUUGAUGUAUCUGAAGAACAUCUACUAACAGCAAAUAAUCAAGGGGAAAUAAUGACCGCUGAUGGGGAAAUAGUUGGAGAAUUAGUAAUGGAGGAUGGCGAUCCAUCGGUAAUAGUCGAAUCAAUUGUUAAUGCAGAUGGUUCUGUUUUUGUUGAUGAACGAGAAUUCAACAGCUACUGUGAUAACCAUCUGUCCCAUCACGUUGUUGACGACAGUCAGUCAUCUACUCCACCAGUAAAUCUAUUGUCCAUAAUCAUCUACAUCUCAGUUAUAGACAUUACUUCGUUGACGGGGACUUCAGAAAUCGACAAAAUCACAACUUCACAAGCAUCUCCUAAUCAAUUGCAACGACAUAGAUCAUUGUCACCGAGAUCCCAAUUUGACCCAAAAUCAUCUGAAACAUUCAGCGAACCUGCAGAGUCUAGAAUUUGGAUUAUGAAGGAAGCCGCAGCGGCUGAGUCGGAGCCAGAAAGUAGUCUAGAAAGCGAGGCCAACAUGAUGAAGUCGCCUAAGAACCACAAGGACGACGUUGAACCUACGAAUGUUAUUUUAUCUGAAGAAACUAGCCAUCAACUUCUACAAGAACAACUGGCAGUGCUCAGAGCUGAGAGGGGAAAAUUAUACCAUGAGACUGAAAUGCUGAAGCUGAAAAAAGAUAAACUAAAGAUACAGAUGAAUUGCUACUCAAACGAAAUUCGAAAGCAAGAAAUGGAAAAAGAGAAACUGAGGCUUGAAAUUAAAUUAUUGCAAUCUAAAGUUAUGGAGGAGGCGAAUGACGUUUCACAUUACAUUUUCGUGCCUUAGGCUGAUAUCCAAAUCUACUCUUCAGUGCUGUGACGACAUUUUGUAUAAAGGUAUUAUUCAUAAAAGUGACUAUCAAACCGAUCAAAUCAUUCUUUCCAACGCAAUGUUUUUUGGUCAAAAAACAUGACACAUGUCUUUUGGUUAAUUGUAAGUUGUCGAAACGAUCGCGUGUGCCUAUGGUAUUUAGACCAUCAUUUGAAAAUACCGAAUUAGAUUCCCUUAGAUUUCUGUAGUUAACUAGUCCUCAUGAAAAUUGGAAAUAACUCAGAAAUGGCAGACGUAUAUUUCUAUAAAUGAAAUGUAAAAUUUAAAUACCGAAAUGCGUUAAACUAUUUCUUACUGAUAUUCUUGUAAACAUUAAAAUAUUAUAAUUAAGUGACCGAGUAAGAUAAUUAGAGGUAAAACCCGAAUUAAACAUAACACUUGUAAAAGCCUAGUUUUUAUUCUUACGCACUGAUUGAAAAAGGAUUUUUUUUUUGGCAAUAUCCAUAUAAAGUGUGACUAAUAACUAAAUAGGUUUUAUACGAAUGUAUCAUCAGUUUUAUAUGUAAGGCAAAUUGUGAUUAUUGGAUAAGUAAGUUUAGUAUACAAAUAAAACUACCUAAGUGUGAUAAUAAUUAUUAAUAUGACAAAUUAAUAAAUUAUUUUGAGAAUAAAAUUUGUGCACAUUUGUCUGGGAUGUAUAAAAAUUAUCUUGCCUGGUGAGAAAAACAUCAAUAAUUUUGUCAGGCAAUCUAGUAAAUUGUGAACAUUGCUCGCAUAGAAUGAAAAAGUAUUGAUGCGAUCAAAUAUCAAUGUACGCCUGUCAAUAGAUACCUGACCAAA